AUGCCAGGGUCCCUGGAAACGGGGGCUGCCCUGUGGAUUCACGAGGCUCAGCUCUGUGCACAUGCACGCAGGGAGGUGCUGGCUGAGUCUAAUCCUGCCCGAUAUGGCUUCGUCUGGCGUUGGUUUGAUGAGGUCUAUAUCCUGCUGGAUCUGCUGCUGCAGCAGCAAUAUCUGUCCAGGUGCAGUGCCUCUUUUUCUGAAAACUUCUACGGCUUAAAGAGGGUCGCAAUAGGAGACUCCAAGCAGCAAUCGCUGGCCAGCGCUGGCCUGCCAAAGAAGCAGCACUGGAAGUCUCUACUUCUGCUUGUUCUUGUUCCUUACCUGAAAGGAAAGCUAGAGAAACUGGUGUCCAGCCUGCGGGAAGAGGAUGAGUACUCCAUCCACCCUCCCUCGUCAUCUUGGAAGCGCUUUUACAGAGCCUUUCUAGCUGCCUAUCCCUUCGUAAACAUGGCCUGGGAGGGCUGGUUUCUUAUCCAGCAGUUGUGCUACAUCCUCGGGGAAGCGCAGCACCAUUCGCCCAUGCUGCGGCUGGCUGGUGUCCGCCUGGUGAGACUGACUGCGGAUGAUAUCCAGGCCCUGGAGAAGAAAUUUGCAGUAGCUGCCCCGAGUCAGCCACACAGCAUUAAGACACAAGUCCGGUCAGCACUGAAGAAGGCACUGGGUGGCAUUGCUUUCUCCUUGUCCACCGGGCUGUCUGUCAGCGUGUUCUUCCUGCAGUUCCUGGACUGGUGGUACUCCUCGGAAAACCAGGAGACCAUCAAAUCUCUGACAGCGCUGCCUACUCCGCCGCCGCCAGUGCACCUUGACCAUGGGGCGGACUCAGCUCUGUUGCCUAAACUGAAGACCAUGUGCCCACUGUGCCACAAGAUUCGAGCCAAUGCCACAGUCCUGUCCACGUCAGGCUACGUGUUUUGCUACCGCUGUGUGUAUAAUUAUGUGAAGACUCACCAGCGAUGCCCGGUGACGGGCUAUGCCACCGAGCUGCAGCACCUCGUCAAACUGUAUUCCCCUGAGAGCUGAAAGGGCAGCUUC